AUGGACGUUUGUCCUCGUAACUUUGACCGGAACGAACUGACAAACACUUGUUGGACUGAAUGUCCGUUGGAGUUUCCUCUCGAGUGCGGCAUGGAAUGUGCCCGCCAGAACAGUGACUGUGGCCUCGAAGUCGCUAGCAAGGUUUCAGCUUUGGCUAUGGCUGUGCUGGGUACCGCCACGUUUGGUGUGAUUGGCGAAAUGGUCAAACUGGGUAAGAAAUUAACGUGGGCCGUGAAGUGUACGAACCAAUUGCUGCUGGUGAUGAGAGGUAUCAUCAGGUACGUCCGUAAUGUCAAGACUGAAGACCCGCAGACUUCCCAACAGAAGCUGCUGCUGAUGCUGUACCAGACCAACAAUGUUGUGACCGACUUGCCAAUGGUCAUUUACGCGUGUAUGGGGAAGAACAUCCCUUCAACCCUUCGCCUCACGCAGAUCGUAUUAGCGACUGCCCAGUGGAUGCUACUACAGGCGCUUGCCUACGACGAUGAUAUUAUCUCGAGCUGGCAAAGAUUCCGAGCCUUCAUGAAAGGCGCAAACUUCACGGAAGCAGCGGAAGAGAUUACGGAGGGCGAGAUUGCGUCACUGGAGACAGCCAUGCAACAAAACUCGAGUUGCGCGGGCGACCUGAAAUCGUUGACAGACCGUGUGUGGAUGACGGUUAACGAGUACCGUGAAGACAAUCCAGCCAUCUCAGACGACGAGCUUCGUCUGAAGAUCAGCGAGUCGGACCUUGUACUCUAUGACGUCGCCAUAGUCACCAACAACUGCAUGCGCCAACUCACCUCCGAGUCUAGCGUCGAAACGGCCUACAAGACUCGCGAGGCGCUUCGCAAAACUUUCGGCUGGAUCGAUAUGGGUCUAUCUACUAUUUCCGCGUCGAUGAUCGACCCGACGGAUAUCGCGACGCUGCUGUCUGAGUAUAUUCAGACCAUUUGUGGCCCCACGCAGUUCAUGGGCGAGAUCGAUGACGGCACGGAAGACGCGACAUUGGGUUUGAAUGCCCUGCAGAGAGCUUUCAAGGGCAGUUCGAGCUCGUGGACAAAAGUGGGUGACGGUGCAGUAAUAGUCAACUUCACUAGUACUGACACGGAAGAUGUGUCGGUGAAUAUCAUGUCUGGAGGAGAUAAGAUCGAAGAGGUGGAUGUAAAAGCUGGAGGCACUGCCCAGUGGACAUCGAACAUCACGUUUCUUGGUGGAAAAACACUGUACUUGGACCGCUGGCGUCCUGGUUUCCUCGGCUUUCCAAGCACUGGAGGUGGAUCACUGGUCUUGUGGGUACCCAGAGCAUCUCGAGGGGGUCAUCUGGAGCUAGAAGUAAAACUCAACGUUAGCUAG